CUCUGCCCUUCUUCGCUACGUUGCCCUUCGUCGCUACGCCCUGCCCCUUCGUCGCAAGCGACCGGAUGCUCCCAGUGAUGCGGGAGCGUGUCCAAGCAAACAUGAAGAUGAACAAAACUCCUUAGGAGUUGGCAUGUGAAGACAUUCAGACAUUGCAGGCACACUCGAAAAUGUUAAAGCAAUGGUUGCGUUGCGUGGCAAAAACUUUCUGUUUUUCUCGAGCACGAGCUGCACAGAUAUACUCCUCAAUUGAGGUGUAUGUGGAAACUUUCAUGUAACUCGUCAGUUCUCUUGACGCGAAGGCACAAGAUAUUGUUCGUCGCACGAUAGGAUGGAAAGGGCCUUCGGUGAUUCGCACGCUUGGGUCUAGAGAAUUGACAAACAUCAGAGGGGAGAUUGCUUAUGACAUUGUUAGAGGGUUUUGGACCACGACAUGGUUGCCGUAUCCAUGCAGAAGUGUAAGAGGUCGUUUGGAUGUGAAGCGAGAGAUGCGGAAGAGAAUGACUGAAGAUAUAACGUGGAGGAUUAAAGGUAAUGAACCAUGGGGUGCAAUGGGGUUCAAAACCGCAGUGCAAGAUGUGUUGUACAGAGAACACAAGGACGUGGACCGAAGUGGUUGCACCUUUCAGCAACUCGCAUUUGCCCAUAUGGUGUUGGAUUGUCACAUCAACAAAAGAAGUCGACCCGCACGUACGACUCCAGCAAGCAAGGGAAUGAGAACGAUUGAACCAUCAUAACAACGUGCAAGACUGGUAUUGAAAAAAUGACAUGCUGCAGAGAGAGAGAGAGAGAGAGAGAGAGAGAGAGAGAGAGAGAGAGAGAGAGAGAGAGAGAGAGUAUUCUGCUAGACGUGAGGUAUUCGGAUGUUUGACAGAUGGUUGUCAAAGAUGUGGUUACAAAUGACGUUGUUGAAAGAGUGUCUCACCACGCGAACGACGGGGACUUGAAAGAGAGAGAGAGAGAGAGAGAGAGAACCUGUCAACAUGAGGUAUUUGGAUGUUCCAGAGGUUGUCAACCCAAGUAUGGUUACAAACGGCAUACUUGAAAGAGAGUCUCACCACAUGCACAACGGGGAGUUCAUCGAGAUCGAGAGAGAGAGAGAGAGAGAGAGAGAGAGAGAGAGGGUUUUCUGGAUAAGAAGAGAAAGGUAGACAAGGGUUUCACGAAGGGAGGCAGCUAACAAGGUAACACAGACAGAGAAAGUGAAAGGUCAAAUGACAAAAAAAAAAGUUCAGGGGGAAUUUUAAGGGCGCUUGUUAUCCAAUCUUAGGCUGAUUUGGAAGGAGAGUUUUGGGUUCUGGUAUAUGCAAAACUGAUAUCU